AUGCCCUCCAAAGAGCCAAAGACCGCCGGAACACCACGCCUGCAAACUUUUGAAAAGAUUGCACGUCUCAACCCUGGUCUAAGGGUUCCCGGUACCUCCCCACAAAAUGGUACCGAGUGCCGACUGAAUGCCUUCUCAGCCGGUCUUACAGAGACUUGGCUCUGA